GUGGGCCCUUGGUCAGAUCGAGCUGGUCGAAAAAUGUUGUUCUUAAUUCCAUUGGUGGGAUUCAUUCUAAAUGACCUGAGCCUCUUAUUCAACAGCGUGUUCUUUGAUGAGUUGCCCACUGAAGUACUCAUGUUGGAGACGUAUCAAGUUCAGAGGACCGAACUGCGCGAUUGGCCCUAAUUGAUUGCGUCUAUUUCAUCACAAUGACCAUUGCCAGUUUUGCUUCAGGAAGAAUUUACGUCUCUCUUGGUUACGCAACCAUCUACGGUAUGUCGACUGGAUUUCAUCUUCUGGCAUUCUUCUAUGUUUUGUUGAUCCUUCAAGAGCCGCGAGACCUGAUCCAAAGAAAACUUGAAAGUAAAGGAUUGCUACCUCCAGCGCCAUUGGGACAUGGGAACAAACAGAAAGAAGAGCUUCAAAGUCAGUCUUGUUUGAGCAUGUUUAGCUUGAGGAGUGUGUCUAAGAGCUUUAUUGUAGCAUUCCGAAAGCGGAGAGGUCAUAUGAGGCAUGUGGUUGUGCUACUGAUUGCCAUGUUUGCAGUGAAUGGUAUUGCCAUGCAUGGCACCAACUCAAUUAGCAACAGCUACGUUCGCAAGAAAUUUGAAUGGGCUAGUACUGACGAAUUCAACGUGUGGUGGUCUCAGCUCUCCGGCAUUUCGUCUAUAUUCAGUAUAAUUGCGGUUGGUAUUGUUAUACCAUUGGUCACCAAAGUCUUUCAUUUACGGGAUAUGAUGAUCGCCAUCUUGUCCAUAAGCAGCCUUCUGUUGGGUAACAUCAUGUACUUGUUAGCUUGGAACCCCAAUGCUUUAUACCUUGCCAAUUUAUUGAAAAUGUUCAGCGAUGCGACAACAGUCGCAAUUCGAGCCACUUUGACCAAGAUUGUGGGCACAUUGGACGUUGGAAAAGUGUUUGCGUGCGUAGCAGCUGUUCAAGCGCUUUCAGAUUUGGCUUCGCCGCUUUACAACAUUGUUUACAUUGCUUCGAUUGAUUGGCACUUGGGUAUGUCUUUUUGCAUUUCGGCUACUUUGCUUCUGGUAAUGCUGGUCGUAUGUAUCUACGCGAACUUCUUUCUUAAGCAAUAUGAGCAAAAAUAUGGACCGUUUUCCACCACGACACACAAGAACAACCAAGCAAAUAUGGAUGUGGAUGUUUCUAAGUGGGACGACAAGAACGAAGAGAUCCAAAAGUUUUAAUUGUGUUAUUGUGUUCCCUCGGAAAUCAAUCAGAUAACGAUAGUGCAUUGCAAUGUUAAUUUUUCAUACAGGAAAACCCCCUCAGAUCGAUCUCAAAGGCCAAGCUCAGGAUCGACAUUAACUCUAAAAUGAAGACAGUCCAUGCAUCGGUCAACUCACGUAACCCAUAGGCUCUUGAAGACUUCCCUCCACCGUUGCCCGUAAUACGUAAACCAUGUGUUACCAUUUGUACCCUUGGUUGAACGAUUCAAGUACGUUCCUUGGGGCAAACAUUGUAAGACACACACGGAUCCCAUGAAAAUUUGCCCCUUCCUUCAAUAUAUCCCUUUCUGACCCACUCUUUUGAAAACGCCUGCACUCAUCCCUGAGCAAGGUGAUGCCUGAUUGUUUGUGGUCUUGUGUCUCCAUCAACCUUCAAUCAAGCCAAGACCAAGAGGAGAUAUUGACGGAUGGAUAUCAUCCGCAUUCAAUGUGGCUUCUUACCUGCUUGUGUUCAGAUCGGAAUGUCCUGCUUGAAUGGUUUGUGUUCAAUGAAAGUAUGAGUCCGACAGCUCAGGAAUAUUCUAUUAUUAACGGCAUAUUAUGCUUUUCAUGUGCUUGUUUAAUCCCGGUUAAUAAGAAAAUCUGAGCUUGAUUCAUGAUCGAACUUAAUAUAUGAGUAUGUGGCCAACGA